AGACCUUCUGGAUUAAACGGACCCAUGCAUCGCAAGUAGCAAAUUUUAGGAUGUCAAGAGAAAGGAAAGCAAAAUCUUUGGUUUGAGGAUCAAAAUGCACUUCCUUGGUUAUUGAUUUGCCUCCAAACAAACACUGUUAGACGUCCAAUGCAAGCCAGGUUGUGUGGGUACCUUCACCUGUUGGCUGUCACAAUCAGCCUAUUCAGAAGCAGAUUCGUUUUAAAGAAUUUAUCAGAGUAAUUUUGUCCUGACACCUUUUUUUGUCAGUGAAUCACGUACCCCUUUGCUUUUACAUAGACUAUUAUUGCAGCUGUUUUCACGAACGCGAAAGGGGAGGAGCCCUGUCGAAGUCCAGAGAAAUCCAAGAAGAAAGUCAGGGGUGCAAAUCAGUGGACGUUGUUGGGACAAGGUAGAUUAAUCAGAUAUUUAAAUAGUAUGGGAGGAUAGCAAGGAAUCUUAGCUGAGGUUAUUUUCCUGCAAGUUAUCGCCAGCACGAACGGUUGAGGGAGUUACAGAUAUAUGCCAACGACGACGAUUCCUUUCUUUGUUUGCCGCUAGCCCCUUGCACAGCUAGCAGAAGGCUACUUACAGGUAACCAUCAAGUGAUCCGUGGAACUUUGUGUGACAAGUAAGAUGUCGCUCCACGGCAAGAGAAAAGAAAUAUACAAAUAUGAGGCGCCAUGGACAGUGUACGGAAUGAACUGGAGCGUCAGGCCCGACAAGCGCUUUCGGCUGGCAUUGGGAAGCUUCGUGGAGGAGUAUAACAACAAGGUGCAGAUUGUGGGUCUGGAAGAGGAGAGCUCAGAGUUUGUGUGCAGGAACACUUUCGACCACCCCUACCCCACCACCAAGAUCAUGUGGAUCCCAGACACCAAGGGGAUGUACCCAGACCUGCUGGCCACCAGCGGGGACUACCUGCGCAUCUGGAGGGUCAGCGACACAGAGACUCGUCUGGAGUGCCUGUUGAACAACAACAAGAACUCUGAUUUCUGUGCGCCACUCACGUCCUUCGACUGGAAUGAGGUGGACCCUAAUCUACUGGGUACGUCCAGCAUCGACACCACCUGCACCAUCUGGGGCCUGGAGACAGGCCAGGUGCUGGGCAGAGUCAACCUGGUUUCCGGCCACGUCAAGACCCAGCUCAUCGCACACGACAAAGAGGUGUAUGACAUAGCGUUCAGCCGCGCGGGCGGGGGCAGGGACAUGUUUGCGUCGGUGGGGGCGGACGGCUCGGUGCGCAUGUUCGACCUGCGGCACCUGGAGCACAGCACCAUCAUCUACGAGGACCCCCAGCACCACCCUCUGCUGCGGCUCUGCUGGAACAAGCAGGACCCCAACUACCUCGCCACCAUGGCCAUGGACGGCAUGGAGGUGGUGAUUUUGGAUGUGCGUGUGCCCUGCACUCCUGUUGCCCGCCUCAACAACCACCGGGCGUGUGUCAACGGCAUCGCCUGGGCCCCCCACUCCUCCUGCCACAUCUGCACAGCAGCGGACGACCACCAGGCACUCAUCUGGGACAUCCAGCAGAUGCCGCGCGCCAUCGAGGACCCCAUCCUGGCCUACACGGCGGAGGGGGAGAUCAACAACGUGCAGUGGGCCUCCACCCAGCCAGACUGGAUCGCCAUCUGCUACAACAACUGCCUGGAGAUACUCAGAGUGUGAUAAGUGGUCAGCAUUGGGGUUGGAGGACGAGGUUUGUGUGUGUGUGUGUGUGUGUGUGUGUGUGUGUGUGUGUGUGUG